CCAUGUUGGCUUAAGAUCUCGAUUGUACUCGGUGUGACCAAGCCCCUCACAGACAGAAGCACUUGCAUCAUGGCCUUCUGCACUGCCUGCUGCACUGCCCCGGACAAGUCUGAGCUUGACUUGGGCUCGAAGCCGCUGGUGGAUGCCAAGGGAGUGCUGGACAAAUCGCCCGACCAAGUUGUGGUGGAGUCCGGCAUCUUUGAAGCAAAGCUUCGCUACGAGGGUCGUUCGCACGGUUUGGUGGUCGACACGGCCAACGACGAGCAGGCCAUCAUCAAGGAUGUUACGGGAGCUGGCCUCGUUUGGAACCGCAAUGCCCCAGAGCACCAGCAGAUCAAGACGGCCGCCAUGAUCUUGAAGGUGAACGGAGAGGCUGUGACAGGUGAGAAUGUGCACAGGAAGCUUGCUGAUGCCGGGCCGGAAGCAACGCUGACCCUGCAGAAGGCCGCGGAGAGGAACUUGGUUCUCCACAAGCCUGGGCAGCUGGGAAUCACCGUGAAGUUUGCGAAGUCUUCCUACGGAAUCUGGAUCGCGACUUUGGCUCCAGGUUUGGUACAGGAUUGGAACGAGAAGAAUCCGGACCAGACGGUGUCUGUCAAUGACCGUAUCGUCUCUGUCAACGGAGUGACCGGCCAAUCCCAAGACCUCGUGGCAAAGAUGCGAGAGGUGUCGGAUGCCAUUGUUCUGGUUGUGCAGCACUACGAGUGA